GCUACAACUCUUUUCAAUUACAUUUAAAUUCAUUAAAGUUAAUCAAUUCAUUAAUAUGUGAACAUUUUUCUUACUUUGAAACCCAUUCUUUAUCAAAAAGUAAACACUAAACAAGUAUUGAACGUGGAUUCUAACCAUUUCAAAUUCCCAGAAUUUUGAAAUUAGUUAGUCGUUUAGGUAUUAAAUAUUUAUUUUUUUUUUUUAACUAAUCGAAAUUUGUUCAAAAUUUUUUAUAAGCUAUCAAACUGUCUUCAAUUUCUCAAAGCCUCGAGGGAGGCAUGGUGCCACCAAGUCAAACAAUUAACGCGUGGAUUGAAACUAAUCUCUUUCAAGACUUUGCCACCAUGCCGACGGGUCAAGGAAACAACUCGUCUACAAAACAAGUCAUUGGUGGCAAAACAGAAAUAAAAGUAAAGAGACGGAUAACUAGGUCAAUGUCUCAAUCACUUGAUGCUGCCGACACACAAAAGUCUAUCGAAGAAACUUUGUAUCAAGUAAUUGAUGAUAAUACUACUAUUGGUGCAAAGAUAAAAAAUUAUAAAAAGGAUAAUUUUGAUACAACAGUUGAAAACAAUUCAGAACAAUUGGAUGAUUUAGAAGAACAAACAGCUGCUGCACAGGUCUUACAAUUAUUGGGACUUGCUAAUGUUCCUGAAGAUUCCUCUCCAAGGUCUUCAGAAAACGGGAAUGAAAAUUCAGAUUCUCGAUCAGGUUUAGAUAUAGUAGGGAGCCUUGUUGAAGCCGUAUUAUCCCAACAAAAUUCAGUAACAGCUAAUAUGACAGAGACUAAUAUUACUUGUUUCAGUUUUCCUGAGUGGACAUCCGAGGAGGAUGAAUUGUUAAAAACUGGUGUUAAAAAUUUUGGAUAUGGCAAGUGGGAAGAAAUAGCUUCUAUGAUUUCUGGACGCACAAAGAAUCAAUGUAAAGAACGUUGGGACAUUAUUUCAUCACUUAAUAGUGAUGAAUCAAACUC